GCACGUAGGUACAGAAAAUAAAAACCAAGCACAGAAACAGAGAGAGAGAGAGAGACAGAGACAGAGAGAGAGAGAGAGAGAGAGAGAGAGAGAGAGACAGAGGGGAAGAGAAGAAGGAAGGCUUGGACUCGAGAUCUUGUCAGAUCGAAGCGCAACUGCAACUGGAAGCGAGAUUGUGUGUCAUGGGGAGAGAAGUUACUGGCAUACAGGUUCUGGACCAGAAGCCAAAUGGUAAUGUAGGGGCUUCAAAUGGUAAUUUUAGUGAUAGAGUGCGUGUUUCUCCCAAAAUUGCAGCGAUGGUUCAAGCAAUGGAUCAUGAGAUAAAGGAAUCUAGUGAAGCUAAUUCUUUUGUCGAGAAACAUCAUUUGAAGAAAGAUGUUUUGAGUGCCAAACGCACGAACUUAAGUGCUGACUUGCCUGAAGAGAAGAAUGAGAAAUCUGAAGUACUGAAGAAGGAUGAAAAUAAAGAAUUAACCUCACCUGCUGCGAUAUCAGUUUCUGUGGAUAAAGAGCAUACAAGCCCCUCUGCUUCACAGCCAGUUGAUCAGGCUACUGAAAAGCAUGUCACCUACACACAUACUGUUGAUACUGAAGCUGUUACAACUGGUCUGAACUUGUCGCCAAUGGAUAACAAAAUGCACUCACCUAUUUCCUCAAAGAAUUCACAGCCAAACUCGCCUUUUUCAUCAAAGAAGCCCGUGCAACAUGAUGAUAAGGAGCACCAUGGGGAUGAAGAUAAUUGGUCUGUUGCUUCCUCUAGCGCCACAUCUGCACGCACUGCUAGAUCUAAGGUAACUGUAGGUUCAGCCCCUACAUUUAGAUGCGUGAAUCGUGCAGAGAAAAGGAGGGAGUAUUAUAUGAAGUUAGAGGAGAAAAAUCGAGCUCUUGAAGAAGAAAAAAUCCAGUAUGAGGCAAGGCGAAAGGAAGAGGAAGAAGCAGCCCUUAAGCAGUUGAGAAAGAACUUGGUCAUUAAAGCAAAACCAGUACCAAGCUUCUACUAUGAGGGUCCUCCCCCAAAGGCUGAACUCAAGAAGCUGCCACUGACUCGCCCCAAGUCACCAAAACUAUCUCGGAGAAGGAGCUGUGGUGAUGCUGUCAACUCAUCUCCAGAAGUUUGUGCUCGAGCACGGCUCAGUGUUGGGACUAGUCUUAAAAACGGAACCGGUAGCCCUGUCACUCAAAAAAAUAAGGACGUAGUCACUGGACGAAACAGCAAUGGCACUUGCAAAACCAAAGAACGACCAAAAUUGGAUAAGGAAACAAAAACAGCUUCUCCUCAAAUCACCGAGCAGACAAAUGCGGACGUAUCAGUCCAAUCUUGAGCUUCAGAAAGAUUUUACUGACCACCAGUUGAGAGGAAAAUAGCCUUCAUUUUCCUUGGUAACACCAGAUGGGGAUAUUUCAAUAGAUGGCCUUAUUUUCUUUUCAUCUGGACUCACAUUUUUUAAGUUUGUUUUUUAUCUUGAAGUGUAUAUGUUUUGUAAGUUAUAUCGGCACUCAUAAUCUUAUAUAUAAAUAGUUCUUUAAUGUAAGAUGUGUAUCUACGAAAUUUGAUAUUUCCUCAGAACGCUACGGGACUUGA